UUUGUAUUUUAUGUGGUCGCUGUUUUUGUCGACAAAAACCGCGAAAUCGGAAAUGUUGGCUGUUUUGUAAUCAAUGAGGGAUACCCGAUAGUCCAGAGCGUUUCCUCCUAGCGUAGUUCCCACAUUACAAAAGACAGGGUCAAGCAUACCUAACAAAACGUAUACUGCUGAAAGAACCUGGCACUCUUUAGGGAAGGUGUAGUAUAGUUCAUGUAUCGUUCAGUUCAAAAUCAAGUAAAGUAGUUUUAAGAAUCCAUGCUAAAAAUGUGGUGUCAGCUUAUUGAGUUCAGUUAAUAACUAGUUACAUAAUGGUUAAAAUAUUUACGUGUCUUUUCGGAAACCUAGUCUUUACAUACAGCAGGACAGCAUUUAAUAACGAGUGUUCAAACAUCUUUCAGGAUUUAGUAGCGUGUUUAAAUCUGGUCAUUAAAACACAAUGGCUAUAUUAAGAACCAAAACACGAUGUCUUUGCCAAAGCAUUACUUAUUGGCUGAGGAAGACGAAUCAACUUUAAGUCUAACCACCCAAAGACACAUACGAUCACCAAGAAAUACAUCAAACUCAAUUGGGAAAAUGGCGGCGAGCAGCAGUACAUUAACGUUGGACCGCAGGAUGCAAACAAACGGUAAAGAUAUGAACAGCGUGUACAGCACAUUACCACGACAAAGCAAGCAGCAUCAGCCAAGCGCAGCAAAUUAUGCGAAAAUCAAAAGCUUAGCGACCUUUACCAAUAUUUAUCUCAACAACAAAGAACUUGGCAUCGCCGAAGAGGAACUUCGUUACUUAAAAGCGGUGGAAAGCGGUGAUUUGGACGAAGUCCGAGCCAUUUUGAACGCCAACGACGUCUUAUCUUCUGACAGCGAAGACGACGAAGUUAAGCCAACCGCAAACAAUCGACCAGGAGAAAAUGACGUGAGGGCACAAAAUAAUAACCCAACGCCGAUCCCAUUAAUAGUAACAAGCCAAACCAGCGAAGAAUCCGCGAUCGUAGUCGAAGACGAUUCGGCUGCAAACGUAGCGAAAGAACUUGAUAAGAAAGAUUCGCUUGAAGAGAAUUCGACAUGUGUUAAGUCGGGAAACUCAGCUGUUACGCCCGAUAAUGUCGUUCUAGAAAUGCACGAGGUCGACGAAAAAAGAAAACCAACCAAACCUUCGUUUAAACAUAUUGCGCACCCAUCAAAAUGGCAAGUCAAGCAUGGCCAGAAGUCGUCGCCCGUUACCCCUUUACCAGUAGUCAUGGUAACGCCGGAGCAAUCAAAAACAGAUAGACUUAAAAAGCGAGAAACACUAAAGAAAUUAGUUGGUCUUCUCCCUUCGAAAAAUGAACUCCGGUUUAAUAAGAACUGUCGGGACCAGUGGGGAAGAUCUGCUCUCUUUAUAGCAAUGCUUCAUCUCAACACGGAGAUGAUGGAACUGCUUCUUGAAUACAAGGUGGAAAUUGACGAGUGUCUGUACCACGCUAUUGACUUCGGUUACUACGAUGUCGUGGAGUUAUUCAUGAAAUAUGACAAGAAACGAAAUCAGGUUAUAACCGGUGACGACUCGUUUUAUCCGCCAGGGCUUACUCCAAUACAGUUGGCUGCCCACAAGAACGAUUAUGUCAUGCUGAAGAUUUUACACUCCAACGGUUUUAAAAUCAGCAACGAAACCGCAAAGAAACGAAUUUUCUCACGCAAGCCAAACCGGACUUACAACACCUUAGAAAAGCCAAUGCUGAAAACGGUUCUUGAACGAGCAUGGGACGCUACCAACAACGAUAUACUGUAUUACCGGGCCAGAGCAAGCCCGGCUUACAUGGUUAUGAUGUUUACUGAAAACCCAGACGAUGCACACGAGCACUGGGACAUGCUGGAGAAUCUCUUCUCGCUGUACAAGAAGUUAAAAAAGAAAGCAACUGACGAACCAUCCGCAGCAACGUUGUACAGGCAGCUUGCGUCACAGGUUGAAGACUUCGCAUGCGACCUGUUGAGUGAAGUCCGUUCGCCCACCGAUCUCACCGACCUACUCCGUUUCGAUCCACCAGGCCACGACCAACUGUCGAUCCAUCGUCAUUACCUCAACCCAGUAGAACGAGCAUGUGAAGUGAGAAUGAAAAGUUUUGUCGCACACGAAAAUUGCCAACUCGCGCUCUCCACCUUGCGGCAGGGAACAUUAUUCGAAUGUGACAAUGGGUGGCGCCCAUUCAUCGUGCGAACAAUUCUGGCGUUUCUGUUCCCGAUUAUCAGCCUUGCUUUUAUCAUUGCCCCGAAUUCCAAGCCUGGUCGUCUUCUUCGAAACCCGAUGGUUAAUUUAAGCUGCCACAUCGCAUCCGAAAUUUCUUUCUUGUUGCUCAUGAUCAUUCGACUUAUUCUGCUCACCAACGCAAAGUGCGAUUGCCUUGGACAGAAACCAGGCGCAGUCGAUUACAUUGUAUUUGUAUGGGUGAUUGCGAAAGGCUAUAGAUAUUUCAACCGACUUCGAGUUUCACCGACCAUACAGUUCAUGACCAAUGUUUGGAACAUGAAUGACAGCGGGAUGAUAUUUCUAUCUUUAGUUAUCGCUGUUAUGACGAUAGUGGACACACAAGUCACAAAAGGUCUUAUGAGGAGUAGGAACUUGAACGUAACGUGUUCUGCAAAUCUCAAAUCUUACCUACCAGCUCCUGACGGUUUUGAUCUGUGCAAUAGAGAGACAUGGGAGUUAGAAUUUGCUUGGCCUGUUUAUAUAUCAGAGGUCUGCUAUGCUCUCAUCUAUAUACUGAUAUUUGUACGAGCCAUGGAACUGCUAUAUAUUGACCGGACUCUGGGCCCCCUUCAACUGUCCCUCGAUAAAAUGAUGGUUGACAUUUUUCGAUUUCUCGUUCUUUUCGCUGUUACUUUCAUGGCAUUUGCGUUCGGAAUGACUCAGCUAUAUUGGGCGUACGGCACGCCCCGUCUUUUCCGAAUGAACGUUACUGAAAGAGAAGUUUGCGGCGAUACAUUUGACAGCUCGUCCUUCACUUGCUAUCCUGUCUAUUCCUCUAUCAUUGAUUCAAUCCUGGAGCAGUAUUGGACCCUAUAUGGUUAUGGCUACGGUGCCGAACCAACUGCUGCAGUCAAAGUUCCGGGACAGUCGACCAUAACUCUACCAUCUGGCCUCAUUCUCUCAAUGGUGUUUCACAUGUGGGCUGUAGUGGUCAUGCUCAACAUGCUGAUCGCUAUGAUGUCGCAUUCCUUCGAUCGCGUUCGUGACAAUGCUGAGAUUGAAUGGAAGUAUCAUAGAUCUGGGAUGUGGAUGCGUUAUGUGAAAGUUAAUGUUUGCCCCAGACCUUGUCCAAUGAAUCUUCUACCCACUGUACAAAGCAUAGUAGCAUGCUGUGCUUAUUUCAAGGCAAAGUGUCUGUGUCGUUGUGGAAGGUAUGACCCAGAUUCUGAAACACCAGAGCGACGAAAUGCAAGGAAACAAGUUUCUUCCGAUAGCGUGAAAGAAAACAAAAGAUACAGACAAGCCAUAAGCCGAAUAUCAACUAGAUACCUUCGCCGCUAUCUCCUACCCGACUUUAAGCAUGAUGUAGGUGACCCAAACCGAUCUGCAAAGAAAGCUUACGGGCACCGAGGAAGUAUUAUUAGCUCGGAUACAAGUAGCAGCUAAACAGUUCAAAUUCAAGUUCAAAAAGCCCCAAACGCAAUUGCCAUUCAUAUUUUCUUAUAGCAUUUAUAUUAGGCCUUCAAUUGCUCUUUCUAUAAUUGUUUUCUUUUAUAGGCAAAGUUUGUAAAUUUCUUUGUGUAACUCUGUUCAAGUCGUUUUAAAAGACACGAGGUUGCUUCCACCAUGCACACAGUUAAAUUAUGUACAACCACCACUGCGUUAUCUAUGUUCGUUCUCACUGUUCUGUCACUUACUGUACCUUGCCUUAACCUUCUCAAGUUACUGCACUUUCCUGUUGGAUCUUAUUCUUCAGAGUCUCGUUCGUUCAAAAACAUUUUACCCCAAAUUAAGCACUGUAGGUGCCUUGAAUGUUUAAAAUCGUCUCUUGGUACUUGCAUGUUAUCGGUUGGGGUAAGAUGGUCCGUAUUUUCAUUCUCUUUUAUCGUCCCAUUUGGUAGUAAACAAGGGAUUUUUACAAAAUUGUAUAACCGUAUCAAUACGACUCUAAAUAAGCAUUGUUUUUGUUAAAACCACAUAUGGGACAUAAUGUGCUAACGGUAUCCAUCUUACCCUCAACCUAGUAUAAAUAUAAAAAAUGAAGCCAUUUUUUCUAAAACCCAUCAAAUUCAUUUUGUUACAUUGUGUUAGAAAUCGUUGUUCAUAACACCGAUUAUAAAAAUUACGUCCAAGUAUAUAAAACUUAUGUUUGUAUUUAUGUGUUUUUUUUAUGAAAUUAUUUCAAAUUACUGAUAUAAUUUAUAUGUGAUGAGUUGUGUAUUACUUUGGUGACUUAUUUUUGCUCCCGUGGAAUUGAUUUCAUUAAAAUUCUUUACUAUACAAA